AUGUCGCCGGAAGACAUACGGCUUCUCCGUGAGCUCGCCGGACGGUACGGGUCUGGGAGCUUGGAGAACACCCUCCGGAGCCUCGGCAGCACCCACACACCCCUCCGGCCGCCGCCCCAGCAUCACCAGCAGCAACAACACGUGAGCGCGACCGCGCGGCACUCGAACUUCUCCACGUCGACGUUCGGCAGCAACCACACCGCGCCGUCGCUGACGAGCUCCGGCCCCUGGAGCAGCUCUGACGCCUCGGUCUGCGGCUCCGACGCCGCCUCCCUGGCCGGGAGCCUCUAUGGCGGGCAGCAAGCCCAGAGCACCUGGAACGACGCCAACGACGUCCCUUUCCUUCUCUCGCCCUCGCUGACGCCCUCCAUCUCGGGCUCCGAGUGGCAGGACCUCCACAUCAACGAGCACCUCACUUCCCCGUCCCGCGACAAGCAGGUCACCGCCGUCAAGUCCCCGUGCCGACGCAAGCCCAUCGAGUGCCCCAUGUGCGCCGUCUACGACGUCUACGUCGGCUUCGGCAGGAAGAGCGACUUCAAGAAGCACCUCCAGAACUUCCACAACACAGACUGCCUCUGGGCCUGCCCGCAGCGGGGCUGCCGCAUGGUCUUCGACUUUGAAAAGGCCUACGUCACCCACUUCAAGAUCGACCACAGCGACGUCCACCCGCCGCCGGAACAGGUCAAGGUCGAGCUGUGCACGCAGGUCGUCUUCGCCUGCGGCUUCCUCGGGUGCAAGGAGGUCAUCGAGGCCUCGGACGACGGCGCCGCCGCCGCGGCCGCCGACAGGUUCUUCGACCACCUCGCCGGGCACUUUGACAAGCGCAGCGCCGCCUCGUCCGAGUGGACCUUUUACCACCAGAUGCAGAACCUCCUGCGCCAGCGCGCCCUCAAGGACGACUGGAAGCACACCCUCUGGGACAAGGCGGCGCGCAACCAGCUGCGCUGGCAGCCGCGCUCCUCGGGCGACCUCAAGAAGCUCCUCGAGUGCCGCCACCUCGCCGACGUCCCCAGGGUCCUCCACGCCGCCUGGACGCUGGGCCAGACCUCCUUCUCGUCCCCCGAGCAGCCGGCCCCGGACUUCCCCGGCAAGGCCACCCGGCCCCUCCGCCACCAGUGCCCGCUGUCCAUUACCGGCCACAACGAGCUGCACCGCGGCUCCUUUGGCCAGCGCCAGCCCGUCUUCCACACCACGCUGGCCACCGUCUCGCACCCGCCGCCGCGCACCGCCCCCGACGAGCCCGACUCCCUCGCCUACCCGCAUCCCGGCACGCCCCUCGUCCUCCCCGAGCGCGACGCCUGGUCCACCGACGUCGUCCUUGGCCCCCGCGAGAAUGAGUUCUUCGACGACCCCAUGCUGUACGCGGGCGGCGGUAACCCGAGCCACAUCAGCCCUUGGGCCGGCGCCCACUCACUGGGCGGUCUGGAGCAGCACGCACAGGACGACCAUGAGCCUUUUGGGACGUUCCUUACAGUCCCCCCGCACUCAAAGCGGCCUGGCUCGUGGGCGAUGAAGAGCAUCGAGAACCUCCGUCUCAAGCGCCGAGGUCGGCCCUCGCCCGUCGAGGAGAAGGCAACCGUCCACCCCGCGUGGAUCUAG